AUGGAACAUCUUAGGGUGAUCCAGAGUGAGUAUGAUAAAUUGGAGCAGAGAUUUGCGCUAGAUGAACUUGUUUACGAGAAAUCCACGACUGAACAUAACGAGCUAUUGCAAAAGUUUGAUGUGCUCAGUGUCAAACUCUAUAACAUGCGAUGUGAUAUUGUGAAUGGAGAUGUUCAAGUUGAUGGAGUUGGUGAAGGUGCCAAGGAGGAGGACACUACAGACCAGAAAGGUGUGCCUAAUUUUUGGGUCAUGGCAUUGAAGAAUAAUGAUAAGAUACCUGCAAUGAUAACUAAAGAUGAUGAAGUUUUCCUUAAAUAUUUGAAAGAUAUAAAGGUGUCUAUGGUUGACCAGCACAAGAGCUUUAUUCUAGAAUAUGCCUUUGACAUCAAUCCCUUUUCCAAGAACUCAAUGCUGACAUAA